AGGGUCUGUUAGUAUCGGCCUAUACAUUAAUGUUGGAAUUGUUUCCCGUUAAAAAUCGAACUUUAAUGUGUGGUAUGACCGGUGUCACGUGGGGCAUCUGUGUCUUACCUUUGGCACCAAUCUCGUACCUGCUUCGGAAUUACAGUUGGAGGGUAAAUGUGCAAGUAUUCUGUAUUUUCCAUGCAAUGGCACUUUUUCAUUUUUGGUACCUAGAAGAGUCUUUGCGUUGGCUUCUUAAUAAUGGUGACUUGGAAAAAAGUAAGAAAAUAAUAAAGAGAGCAGCGAAGGAAAAUCACGUUGAUUUUGAUAUGGUUUGGGAAAAUAGUGUACAGACAGCAGUUAUGGUUCCAUUAAACAGCGCCGAUGGCAAUGAAAACAGAACGCUUGAGGUGGAAAUAACGCCGAAGAAUGUUGCUGUUAAACAAGAAGGGUUCCAUACAAUAUUCAAAGACCCUCUCGCCAGAGUAUUAACACUCAUUAUUUUUAUAAAUGGCUUGAUGAACAGUCUCACAUACAACGGCCUGUAUAUGACGUCGCAUAGCUUAGCUGGAAACCGGUAUUUGAAUUUCACUUUGAUAUCCUUCACGGAAAUUCUGGGAAACGCAACUAUGGCUAUUCUACUUUUCAGACUACAACGGAGAGUAACAAUGGCAUUAUUUCAAGGUUUAUCCGGUCUGGCACUUUUUGUGGCUGUAACAGUUACAUAUCUUGGAGAUGGCAGCAAACUUUAUUCCAUUUUGAACACAGUAUUCAGUCUGUUUGGGAUGUUUGGUAUCAGCGCCUCGUAUUGUGUCAUAUGGUUAUAUGCCCCAGAAAUCUACCCAACUAACCUGAGAAAUAUUGGUUUAGGAUUUCUCACUUUGUCAGGAAGUAUGGGAAACAUGAUUUCCCCAUAUUCUCGUCUACUUAUGACGUACAUAGCAUGGUUACCUGGGACAAUAUUUAGUUUUGGGUGCCUCGGGUGUCUUACACUUUUAUAUUUUAUGCCGGAAAGUCAAAGUAUGCAAAUGCCAAUGACAAUGGACGACGUCAGAGAACAAUUAAGGAAGCAGAAGAAAUCCAGAAGAAAACAGAGUUUACCUAUUAAUGAAACUAAUCCUGCAACAAAAGAUGUGUAGUUUAUGAACGAUUUUUUUCUAUUAGCUUCAGAAAUAAACGAUAUAUAAUCAAUUAAACACAAA